AUGCAUCAAUGCGUCGCGGCAAGCUGCAGGAGGAAGAAGCCCGCGUUCCUGCUUCUUCACUUCAAAUCGUCACACCAGAUCCGCGACAACAACCUUGACACCACAGCAAUAGCGACCGCGCAACGCGCUAUGAAACACGACUCCCCUAUCCGUCGCGGCAUCAAGAAAGUACGCGCCGCAGUCGGCUCUCCUUUCCGCCGCGACAGCAAACGCACCUGCAUCACCCACCACCCCUACCUCACAGGCAACAUCUCCUCGCCUGGCUCCUUCGCCGAGAUCAACAGCAACCACUCGGUCACCACCUUCGAUCCCUCGGACUCAGACACGGACAGUACGAUGGGUAAGUCCAACAAAUUCGACUUCACCAACCGGCCGAACUCGGGCGUGAAGCUGGGUGGCAUAAUUGGGAGGGAUCUCGAGAAGGAGGCGGACAAGGCCCAGAAGGAUGCCGAGAAGCAGGCGGCAAAGGCCCGCAAGCAGAGCAGUAGCAGUGUCGUGAGCAGUCAGAGCAGUUCGCCGGGUGAUGUCGUUAUUCACCACCUCGAUAUCAAGAUCCCGUCGAAGCAGCUUGGUGACGAAGGCGCGAUCGCGAUGGCGGAUGGGCUGAAGAGAGCACUGGAGAAGGGCACCUUCACCGCCGGCGUAGCGCUUGAGGAUCUCAACCUUUCCGACAAUGCCAUUACUACUGCGACUCUGGAGCGUCUGGCGCCUGCCAUCAAGCUUGCGUGCCACGAUGUCAAGACCCUGAAUCUCAGCAACAACGCGAUCAAGGUGGCGAACGACGAGGAGGCACGUCAAUGGCAAACAUUCUUGCGCUCCUUCGGAGACUGUCGCAAGAUGCGACGACUCGACUUGAGUGGCAACCCGCUCGGCUCGCGCGCUCUGGAAAUUCUGGCUCAGGUAUACACAAGAGAACCACCAAUCGAGCAUAUGUCGGCGAGUGGCGACAGGUCUGUCGUUUCAUUGUCAAGCCAUGAAGAUGGUGAGGAGCCGGAAUCGGGUGAUUUGCCAGAGGCCAGUGGCAUGAUCGAUGGCCAGCAUCUGAAGAGACGAUGCGGUCUGCGAGCGAUUCCGUACAUCACCCUGAACAAUAUCGGACUCGACGAAGCCGGUGCGCUCUGGCUUUCAUACAUACUCGAGGAGCACCCGUUUCCCUGCCAGCUCAUCAACCUCAUCAACGCAUCUUCACCAAGCUCACCAAUCGGGACGUACGUGCAGGGCGGCCACAAGCCACAAGGCAUCGAUUGGGAGAACGAGCCUGAUGUUGGUCGAGAUGGUUUCUACCUGCUCGGAAGGGCAGAGGCUGUACGCGAACAGGUUAUGCUAGCCGAUCAAUUCAGCAUCAACGACUCGGAAGUGGGGACCGCAGACACAGGUGGCGACGCCUCGAAGCGUAUGCAUGAGCGCAGAGCAUCACGAGGCGACAGACGUGCCAGCAUUCGAUCUGUUCUCACUGUGGAUGGAGAGCAGGAGCAAUCAGAGCUGGAGACUGCUCGCAAGAAGGUUCAACGUGCUGUCAUCCAGAAGCACGGUGCUUGCAGUGUUGAGCUCUGGCAAACAUCUCUGCGCAUCACUCUCGCAGCCAGAGUCCUAACUGCGAUCGGGCCAAAGGUCCGAGGCGGCGUGUAUACAGGACCUCCACUGUUCGACCACAAGGCGAGCUCGCGACCAGUGACUCCAGCGAAUCGCAUCACAGGCGGCGCUCGAACGUCUCCCACUGGAACGAUGCGACAAGGCACCUACGCAGCGACCUUGACAGCAAACACAGAUGCAGUUGCUGGAGAGCCCUUGGUCGCCAUCACAGAGGUCACCAACACUCCCACAACGCCCAAGAUGGUGUUUAAGGCACACCGCAAGGGCGGAAUGAGUGAAGGCAGCGACGGCAUCGAUCCGGAAGAAGUCGCGCAGAAGCUCCAGAAGCUCCACCUCUCCGUGAAGCGCGAUGAUAACCCCGAGCGCUUCGUCAAGUACCAGGAAGGCAGUUGGAAGCACCGUCUCGACCAGCGCAACGGGCCCGACAGAUCUUACAGAGACACCACGGUCGCAAGCCAGCUACCAGCCAACAUCAUGGAGACAAUUGCGCUGAACUCCGUGGACUUGUGGGCGCAGAGACUCCUGACUGAGAAGCAGCGGAAGCGAUGCGUUGAGUGGGGACUGCAGCGAAACAACUUCGUAGUGGAGAAGGAAUGGCACAAGAUGGCGGACUCUGCACAGGUGGUGAUGCUCCUGGAGCGGACCGGGUGCCUCGCGCACCAGCAGGAGUAG